AUUUGAAGGAAUUAUACUAAUUUCCAAACUAUCGUGACUUGGGCCUUAUAAUCGAGGCUUCAAACCUUGUUUCUCCCGUUGGGGCAACUAACGAGUGGUUUACCAGCUAACCGAUAAACUCAAAUUUUAGCUAGCUAGCUGAGAGAGGCGUCAGAUGCAGGCCAUCAAGUGUGUUGUAGUGGGGGACGGAGCUGUGGGUAAAACAUGCCUGCUCAUCAGCUACACCACCAACGCGUUCCCCGGGGAAUACAUCCCCACAGUCUUUGACAACUACUCUGCCAAUGUGAUGGUAGAUGGGAAACCAGUGAAUCUGGGUCUAUGGGAUACAGCAGGACAGGAAGACUACGACAGACUCAGACCACUGUCCUAUCCACAGACGGUAAAACAACAGGAUAAAUGUACUGUGUCCUCUAGGUCACUAGUGUCAGCAAUGAAGACAGUCAAGCGACUUUACUGCGUCUCAAAGUAUCAAACACAUUUUCAGACGUUUCUAUGGGUACAGCCAAACAACGGAUGUGAUGGGAUUCGACUUUCUCUUUACUUCCUUACUGCAGUGUGCCAGUUCACCGGUUGCAAACUUGGUGCG